AUGCACUCGAAUUACUUUGCCAUUGGUGUCAUUUCCUUGAUUUCUAUCACCCGUGCCUUUAAUAUGGAUUGCAGUUCCAACGUGGCUGGAUAUUGGGGCCAAAACUCAUAUGGUGCAGCUAAUGGUGGCGACAAGAGCAAUUGGCAAAAACCACUGCAUGAAUAUUGCAACGAUGAUACCAUAGACAUGUUUCCUAUCGCCUUCCUGACCAAGUUUUUCAGCACCGGCGGCCAACCAGAGAUUAAUCUCGCCAAUACUUGUAGCAAUGUGGAUGAUCCUACUUUCCCUGGAACGGCGUUGGCCAACUGCACAUCCAAGAUGCAAGACGACAUCAUUGGGUGUCAAAAGCGAGGCAAGGUGCUGACGAUCUCACUUGGUGGGGCCACGGGUGGUGUUGGUUUCCAAUCGGAUGACCAGGCUGAGAGCUUUGCUGAUACCAUUUGGAAUCUUUUUCUUGGGGGUUCAUCCGACAUGCGUCCUUUUGGAAGCGCUAUUCUUGAUGGGGUUGAUCUUGACAUUGAAGGUGGCGGGUCUGCUCAUUACACGACGUUUUUGAACAAGCUCAAAAGCCAUUUUGGUUCAUCCGAUCGCAAAUACUAUAUCACAGCUGCACCCCAAUGUGUCUAUCCAGAUGCCAAUCUUCAGGAAACAAUGAACAGCUUCCCUAUGGAUGCGAUCUUUGUUCAAUUUUAUAACAAUCCUUGUGGCCUACAAACCUAUGGGCAACCCCAGUGGAAUUUUGGGCAAUGGGAUUAUUGGGCACGCAAUGUCUCUCCCAACAAGAACGUCAAGGUCUACAUUGGUGCGCCAGCUAGUAGCAGUGCCGCUGGAGGUGGUUAUGUGUCCGCCGACCAACUUGGCAAGAUCGCGACUGAAACCCAAAAGCAGUUUCCAAGUUUUGGAGGUGUCAUGUAUUGGGAUGUAUCCCAAGCAUAUGGAAACAAUCGGUUUGACAAGGCAAUCAAAGAGGCUAUCAGCCAAGGAUCGUCAUCAUGCAGCUCCUCUCAUCCACCACCCCCAUGUGAUGCACCGGCUUACACAAAAGGAAAGUCGUAUCCAGGUGGAAGCAAAGUAUCAUACAAGUACAUUUGGCAGGCAAAGUGGUUUGCUGAUAGCGAGCCUGAUGGUGGUGCAAACAGCGAAUGGGUUGCAGUGAGCAGCUGUAGCGAUGGGGAUAGUAGCUCUUCGUCGUCUGGCAACAUUAAUGCUAGCGCAUCUUCCACCAGGACAAGUAAUGAUACAGCAAUUGCUACAAGCACAGGCUCUUUGUCUAAUACAUUGACAGCCUCAGCAUCAUCGAGUGAUACUACAAGUAUGGCAUCAAGUAUUCUUUCCACUUGGGAAGUAGGCCCUAUGACCACGGAUUCAAGCGACUCAUCCACUGCAUCAAGUAUGGGUUCUACUACUGCUGAUUCCACUACCACGAUCUCAUCAUCUGCCGAUGCGACCUUAUCCACCACGGCUGCUGCUGCUGAUAUUACCAACUAUAGUCUGCUUCCCAAGAAGAAAAGAUGGUCGCAUAUCACCCGAGUAAAGUCAAAGCAACGCCCAUACACAUAA